AUGUGGUGGCUACUUGUAACAAUGUGUUUCAUCCACAUAUCUGGAAAUGCAUUUUGCUUCUUUGGGAAAAUUGCUAAGAACCCUGAAGCCAGUAUGAAUGUUAGUCAGAUGAUUUCCUACUGGGGCUACCCAAGUGAGAUGCAUAAAGUUAUAACUUCGGAUGGCUAUAUCCUUCAGGUCUAUCGGAUUCCUCAUGGAAAGAAUGAUGCUAAUCAUUUAGGUCAGAGACCUGUUGUGUUUCUGCAGCAUGGUCUUCUUGGAUCCGCCACAAACUGGAUUUCCAACCUGCCCAACAACAGCCUGGGCUUCCUGCUGGCAGAUGCUGGUUAUGAUGUGUGGCUGGGGAAUAGCAGAGGAAAUACCUGGGCCCAGGAACAUUUAUACUAUUCAACAGACUCCCCUGAAUUCUGGGAUUUCAGUUUGGAUGAGAUGGCUAAAUAUGACCUUCCAGCCACAAUCAAUUUUAUCAUAGAGAAAACCAAACAAGAGCAACUCUACUACGUGGGCCACUCCCAAGGCACCACCAUUGCUUUCAUAGCAUUCUCCACUAAUCCAGAGCUGGCUAAAAGGAUUAAGAUAUUUUUUGCAUUGGCUCCAGUCACAACAUUGAAAUAUACCCAAAGUCCUAUGAAAAAAUUUACAAAUCUUUCCAGAAAAGCAGUCAAGGUAUUAUUUGGUGACAAGAUGUUCUCUCCGCACACAUUUUUUAACCAAUUCAUUGCCACCAAGGUAUGCAACCGGAAGAUAUUUCAUCGUAUUUGCAGCAACUUUAUAUUUACUUUGAGUGGAUUUGAUCCGAAAAACUUAAACAUGAGUCGCUUAGAUGUUUAUUUUGCACAGAGCUCUGCGGGAACAUCUGUUCAGACCAUGCUGCACUGGGCCCAGGCUGUUAAUUCUGGUCGGUUCCAAGCUUUUGAUUGGGGAAACCCUGGUCAGAAUAUGAAGCACUUCCACCAGCUUACACCUCCUCUAUACAACGUUUCUAAUAUGGAAGUUCCAACAGCAGUGUGGAGUGGUGGACAGGACUGCGUGGCUGAUCUCAAAGAUGUUGAGAAUUUACUCCCUACAAUUACCAAGCUCAUUUAUUACAAGUCAAUUCCACACUACAAUCAUGUGGAUUUUUACCUUGGACAGGAUGCACCCCGGGAAAUUUACCAAGACCUAAUUAGAAUGAUGGAGGAAUGGUUGUAA